AUACUCUCAUCCGGAACUCUAGUGCGGGGAAAGAACUACCCGGUAUUACACAUGAACGGACAGCUGUACUUCCUGUUUGGAAACACACGUGUGAUGUCAGUGAAGCCGGGAUAAGAAGAGUUGUGCAGGGAAUAUUCCCCUUAUAAUAAUAUACUUGCGAGAUAUAACAGAACAAUGUCGCAGAAACGCCCGAAUAAAUGUAAAGGUGUCCCUCGAACACCGGCCAAGGUAUCAAAAAAGGAUCCUCUGGAGUUUAACGGAACAGUGUUUAAAAGCAUGCUGCAGGAUCCUACAACUGUAAUGAAAGGUUUGGAUACUUUCGUAAAAGCUGCCCAGAAGUUACCGUGUGCAGACCUCUACGAUGUUGUUGAAGGCUACAUCAAAAUUUCCGCCGAAUGUGCCGAAAUCCUUAAGUUGUUGGAGGAAGAAAAUAAGGUUGAAAACAAAAUGCUGCUGGUCCUGCAGAGCUUGGAGAUCAUUCUUCUGCGGAUAGCGAGUGAUCUGUCUCAUUUCAGUAUGGUGGGCUCCACUAUUGUCAAAAAGAUUGCGUCCACUCACAUGAAACUACUGCAGACUUUCUUGCACGCGGAGAACUCACGGUUUGUCCGUCAGUGCCUCACCUUCAUGGCCGCUAUGGUGUCACAGGGUCCUGAGUCUGCCAGGGAAGUCUUCAGCCAGAUCUAUUUUGGUAAAGCUUUAUCUGGACUGGCACAAAGAAGAAACAAGAUGGGAAGACCUGAUGUUCGCCUAGUGUACAUACAGUUUGCCAUUUCAUUCCUGCUCUCAGGGGACAAUUCUUCAAUUGUACAGCUUCUUGAGACGAAAGACUUUCUUCAAGACAUUUUAAGCUCUGGCAUCAAAGAAGACCGAAUUUCUAUCGUAAAUCUGAUUUUAGCCACUCUCCAGUCAAAGGUGGUGCAAAACAAGGCUAUCAGCAAAACCCAGAAAGUGCGCUUUUUUACUCCCUCCAUCCUAUCCCACAUCGCCUCUCUGUACCGAUGGAAUGGAAUAGUGGACUCCGAUAUUGAAGGCCAUGAGGCCAGAACUCCUGAGGAGGCAGGGAAGAUUGUUGUCCGGGAACAAGUUCACAGCUUCCUGCUAGACCUGUGCUGCUCACGCAAACAUGGAAUCAGUUUCCACGACCCAAGCCUGGGGACCGCUGGACGGGCGGGAAACAUAGUGCUGUUGCAGUUCCUGGUGGGGCUGAAGGAUGCCACCAAGGACAAGCUGAUCACCGAGCUGGUGGUCAGCACCUUGAAGAGCAGCCCUGACGUGUUGGCCCGCUACCUGAAAGAAAGUGUUCACUCCUUCAUACCCCGCCCGAAAAGCGCAUGGCAAGACAAUAUCAGCCUCCUCAAGAACAUCUAUGAGGCUCAGCCAGAGGUGUCCAGAGCCUUCCAAACACGAGAGUUCAUUCCACUUCCUCGUCUGCUCACCAUGGUGAUGGUGACCUCACUCCCGCCCGUCUGCAAUAAAGCCUUCUUCACUCAGGGCCUGAACUGCAAAAAUACUGUGGUUCAGCACACCACUUUGUCCAUGGCGUCCUUCAUCCUGAAGAGGGCUCUGAAGAACAUUGAGCACUGUCUGGACAAGAGUGUGUGGCAGUGCUCAGACAUCUACACCCCAGCCAUGAUGGAGGAUUUUGUGCAGCUGUACAGGGAGGCCCUAAGCAAGGUUCUACCAGACAUGACGAGCAUUGUGUACCAGUGGCAGUUACUGACAAAGAAGGAAAAGGUUGAGGGAGAUGGUGGAAAGGUUAAAGCGGAGGAGAAAAAUGAAGAAGCAGAGGAAACUCUGGCGGAAACCCAAGGUGGAGAUGAGACUCAGGUGAUCCUGUUGAAAGCGGUCAUCCUCCAGGUCAUGUGUCUGUACCAGAGGGUGGUACCCCACCUGGUCAGUCAGAGCCGCUUUGACUUCAGCAAACUCCUGAAAGGUAUCGUCUCAGAGAAGGGCAUGAAGGAUGAGGUGCCUCCCAUCCUACAGUAUCAGAUCCUACAGCUGGCUUUAGAACUUCCUGCCAGCAAGUUCUCCUGGUUCCGUGUUCAGGACACAUCAGAUUCAGAAUCUGCUGGUGGGGAAAAGUCUGUCUUUUAUUUGAUUCUCAAGAUGUUUGCCAGCAGUAACACCAGCCACUUGAAGACCUCCACCAGAAUGCUCGUUCUCAAGGUUCUCAAGGACAGUGGUGUGUUCGAGCACACAUGGCGAGAGCUCGAGCUGUGGCUGGAUCGCUUGGCCUGUCUGGAGCCCUCCCACCAGGAGCCAGUCAUCCAGUUCUUGGACAGGGUGUUGGUGAAACUGCUGUGUAACCCACACACAUACACAGAUAAGGCAGCCAGCCUGGUGCAGGAGGCAGCCUACCUGCAGGCCAACCUCAGUGGUCAGGAUGGAGAUGCCGUCAGCAUCCCCAUCUCACACAUAGAUGAUGUGCUGGACAUGGUUGAUGUCAUCAUGGAGGGCAGUGAGGGUGAGAUCGAGCAGCUGGGGCCGUCGCUUACUGAUGAUCUCAUCAUGCAGAGCUUCCCUUUCAGUGCCAUAGUGCCUGCUGUUCUUGAGGCACGGAAUGACCUCCCUGCAGCAUACAAAGAGGAGAAAGGUGUGCUGUAUGAGUACUUGUCAGCGGUGCUCUGUGACGUCCUCCACUGCCAGAGAGACCCGCUGGCCCUCUGUCUGACCCUGCAGCAGUACGACAAAGAGCUGCACACGUCCACUGAGGCCAAAGGACCCCCUCAUCCCUCUGUCAUAGAGUUCCAUCAGUAUUACUCAAAAUGGCUUCCACAGCAAUCUCAGGAAACACUGUUCACCUCGUCGAAAAGGGACAGUGCUGCUCUGUCUCCUGUUGGCGUCUCUGCUGUGAUGAGGGCUGCCUACAGUCAGGGUCCCACUGCGCUGCUCCAGAAUGAACUCAGGCAGAGCGUGGAGGAGUCUCUGGCCACCCUGGAGCUCUCGCACUUCCCCACUGCAGUCUGUCAGCUCCUGCUCUACGUCCAGUCCACUGUGGAGAACCUCCGCACGCUUCCUAAAGGCACAGGUGUGUCUGUUGUGGGGAGCCUGAUGGAGGUGCUGCAGGCUGUGGUGCUGAAGCUGCAGGAGUCCGAGACCGCGGAGCCUAAAGCAGUUGAGGGUCAGGAGGGGGAAGAGCUGUUCCUGGACGUCAGCCCUGGAGGAAAGGACAAUAAAGAUGAGGUGGUCCUGACUGUGCUGAAGACCAUCUUUAAGCACCCGUGUCUGGAGCAGUGGUUCUUUGCCCUCGAGCUGGGCACCCUGCCUGCCCACUCCCUCAACCCUGUACAGCUCAAGGCCCUGUGUGCCCAGGUCAGCGACAGCAUCCUCUCACUGCUCCAGGCCGCAGUGGUAACCCUGAGUCAGCUGGAUGCACUGGACCUAAUCGGAGGCUAUAUUUCAGCUGUUCAGCGGGCACUGGUAAAGGAGCUGGAGGUGGUGGCGGAGAAGCCUGAUGCCAAGAGCCAUGCCAAGGACUCCCUGGCACUGAAAGCGCUGUUGGCGUUGCACAAACACAUGGAGGUGGCUGGGCUCAAAGAGGUCGUCUCUGCCCUGCUACUCUUGCCUAAAGAGAGCCUUGUUGUGGCAACGGUUGCUACGGGCGAUUAUGAUGUCACAAAGGAAGAGUCUCGGUCACAGCUGAGCGUGUACGGUGCGGCGGCGCUGCAGGUGCUGACCGAGAGCCCCUCGCAAGAUGGCGCCCUCUAUCUGUCCCGCGCACACCUUGGUGGCCUAGCAACGCUGCUCACGUCCUGCCGCAGCACCGCGCUGGAGGACUUCUUCCUCCAAGCACUGACCGCCGACCCCGGAAGCGCCAAGCUGGUGCGGACAGAUGUGCUGCUGUACUGCACUAAGCCAGGCGGGGGCGCUGAUGGCAGCUCCACACAAGCAGUGGGCUCACUGCUGCUGCAGAACUGCUCCACCCAGAGGCUGCGCUUUGAGCUCUGGUGCCUGGAGACGGCGGGCCUGGGGGAGGAGGUGAUGCGUAACCAGGGGCUUCUCACCCUGCUGUCCGCAUACCUGAAGGUGGCUGCCAGAGAAGACCCUACCAGACCCUCUGAAGUGCGCAUAGCGGUGCUCACGGCCCUGCAGCAGACUCUGCUGGCCCCCCUUUGGAGCACCAUGUUGGGGACUGAGGUGGGGGAGACGCUGGGCCUGCUUGUGGAGGUCCUCUCCAACCUAAUCAAACUGGCAACCAAAGCUAGUGAUGUUCUCACAUUGAUGUCAGACCUCACUGCCAGCCUCCAGAAACCACAGAGCUUUGAAAGGUGGCAGCUAGCAGAUGCUAUCAGUGCUAAGCUGGAGGACAGCCCUGAAGCUCUGGAGUCUUGGAGAAAGUCCCAGCUCAGGGCUGCCCUCCGGUGGUUGAUUGCUUCGUACAGCAGCUGUAAAGAGAUGGAGAGUGCCAAUUUAGACCAGGAGGAGGCCAUUCUACAGAGACUGGAGGGACUUGUGAUGUCUCAAGAACAUGUGACAGUGACUGACUGGAAUAGUUUUGUGAAAUCGGGGCUAAAACAUCGCUACAGACACCAUGCCCUAGUGAACACAUUAACCAGCCUGGUGGAGCUGCUGUACGGAGACUCUGACCCCCCUAAGGGCCUGCUGCCCCUGGCCACCAUCCACAUGAUGUCCAGCAGCCACUCCCUCUUCCUGCCCUCCAUGCUGGGCUCAGAGGAGGAGCUAUGCAGUAGUCCUCAGGUUAAAGAGGCUCUCAUCUCUCUCUCGUUCGCGCUGGUGAAGAAAUGCCCAUCGGUGUGUGAGAUGCGGCACUUUGUGGUUCUGCUGGGGGCCUACGGAGCCACGCUGAGCACUGCAGAUCAGAAGCUGCUCCUCCUGCUUCAGGAAUAUGAGAAGAAUGGCUUUAGUCUCAUGGACUUUCAGUGCAUGCUGUGGGGCCCUGCAGCGGUGGAGCACCAUAAGACCCGUAUGAGCAUGGGCCCGUCGCUGUGGCAGCAGCCCAGCUCAGAGGAGAUGCUGGCCCUGCUCAUCCCUGCCAGGAUGCAGCACACGGUCAGCCACUUCCCCCAGCAGCGCCGCAUCAUCCCACAGGAAGGGAAGGAGCUGAUUUAUAAACCAGAAGGAGACCAGGACUUAACUGACCUGUAUGACCCCUGCUUCCUGUUGCCUCUCUUCAGUGCCAUGUUGCGACCAGAGUGUGUAAUUGACUGCCUGAAGUUUGUGUCCUGCCAUGCCCUCGGGGUGACUGUGGCCUCCCUGAGCAGCUACGACCCCAAGCUGAGGGCAGCUGCGUACCAGGUGCUGGGCUCUUACUACCAGCAUCUGGAAGCAGCUCGCUUCAAAGGGAAGAGACAGCUUCUGUAUUUGCUGGACACAGUGAAGAAUGGUAUUAAGCAACAGAACCUUCGAGUGCCUUUCGUGUUGACCACCUAUGUGGCCAAAGUGGCUCAGCAGAUGCUCAGACCUGAGGAACACAUGUACAUGGUUGUCAACAAAUUCCUCCUGGGACACCAGUAUCUGGAUUUUAAGCGCGUCCCUGAAUUCUUCAAACUCUUUUACAGCUCUGAUUUAGAGCACAAAGUGGAGCGGGAGUGGAUGUUGAGCGUGCUGGAGGAAGGUGUGGCGGACAGAUACUGCUACGAGCUGUGCGACCAGCAGGGCCUCUACCACACCCUACUGGGGUUCUGCUGCAGCCCGCUGUGUGAUGAGUCCACUCAGAUUCUGAUUAUAAAUGUUUUGAGGAAAACUGCCCAUGUUACCAAAGGAGCCUAUAAUCUCACUAAGGCUCAUGGACUUCUGACAUGGCUGAUGCAGGUGCUGGAGAGAAGGUUUGUGGAUCCUAGGUUACUCAGUGCUGUUGUGGACCUGGCACACACGCUGUGGUUCACUAAUCUGGGCCAGAAAGAGAGCAGGGCAGAGGAGAGCAGUUCUGCAGCAGAAGAUAAGGACAAACCUCAGCCUGCGGUCAAGUGCCUUCCCCUACCGCUGAUCAAUGAGUUCCUCUGUGUGCUCUUGAGUGUCAUCAAACACCUCAAGACAGCAGGUGUGAAGGCCCCUCAGCUGAAACCUUUCCUACAGACUCUAUCCUCUGUCUUGAUGCAUCGUGGGAUAGCUCUGGGAGUCCAUUCGGAAGCGGGCUGGCUCACUCUGAAAGCCCAGCUCCUCUCCAGCUUGGACGUCCUCUCCCUGCUCCAUCGCUGGGGAACAUUGGCUCGUGACACAGCUCUCCUCAACACUCUGCAAGGCCUGGCCACAGCAUGUCAACUCAAAGACGUUUUUGGUGCUGGGAGAGAAAGAGGCCGAGCCAAAAGUUCCAUGCAUCAACAGGCUUUGCGCUCACGCAUGGAAGAGCAGGCAGACACGGACGGAGAGUCUGAGAAACGGGAUCAGAGCCUCCUGGACGAGUGCAAACCCCUCUUGAGGAACAUCUUCACACACUGGGAGCCUGCACCUCGGACUCUGCCUGUGCCCUCUACUGCCCCCCAAACCAAUUCAGAAGUGCCUCAAACUAAAUGCCUUGAACCUGUCUGCAUGUCCCACUCAGCGGCUAGUCUACUCGUCAGAUGGACGCUCCGGACGUUGGCGUUAUCAACAUACGAUAGCAACAAUGUGUUGAGCUUCUUGAAAUGGGUACAUACGGUCGUGUUGCCCCACAAAGGCGUGAUCGAUACACUCAUGGCUGAUAUGGCCGUAAAAAUAGACUUCCUUAGGCUCUACCACCAGGCCUGUGAGUGUGGAGAUCCAACACAGUGCUUCAGCCGAGAAGAAACUCUCAGCCUCUUCACCAGCAUCAUGCUUCAGCUACUGGAGGCACAAGGUGUCCCAAUGGGACCUUUGCAUCAGGCAGUGGUCACCACCUGCCUACCAAAGUCUACAGAUGACCAUACAGGAAGAGAAGCUGGCCUGCUGCUGCUAUCUCUGUACAUCCAUGAGUUGUGGAGUGGUGUGGAGUCUGCUGAGCUGUUUUUGACGCAUGUCAAACUAGUGACGUUGGACCAAGGAGAAAUGAAUAAGUCCAAAUCAAAUGUGGUUGACCUCUGCAGAGAAAUCCUCACUCUCCUGGACUCAAGCAUGUCAACGUGACGCCUUUAUUUUGAAUGUAUGUAAAAUCAUGUCCAAAUAUAUUCAGUUGUGUUUUUAAUUUGUAUCCUGUACAUGGAUGUACUGUAUUUCUUUGACUGUUAACAGGGAUUGUUAACAAAC